CGACGAACGAUAAAUUGCUCAGCUCGAAAUUCGAAAUCGAAGUUAAAAUGUACACACACACUGGGCAGUUAGCUAGCAAGAGCGAGAGAGAGCGCAGAAUCGAAAUCGAAUGUGGCUGUUAAGUGAGAAGGGCUCACUAGAUACAUAAAACGUUAAGAGAAGCGCUUCUGCUAUGACUGAUAUUUAAUGACGGAAACGCGAACAAAUGAGAGUGAUUCACUUUUGUUUCAGUGAAUAACAUGCAGUAGGCGCGUAAAGAGCAUUGAAUUUAGUUCCCAAUUUGUGCCAUUUAAAUCGAAUAACGAAUUAAAACUACACAAAUUCUGUUAACCCGACAAGCACUCGAUUCGAUCGACGAUCUGCCGUUGUUCAAUAUGUCUGGCAAGGGCAGUAAUAAUCGCGAUCGCAUUCGAGAUCCGCGCGAAGAGAUUCUGCUCGAGACGAACUUCGAAGACGAUGGCGGCGUACUCACGCGUGCCUACAACAAUAAUCCUUACCAGAAUCGGCGACAGAGUGCCUACGAAUCGGAACGCUCCUUGGAUAGGUACACUGAACGCGGCGGCGAAGCCGAGUGUUGCCAGUCAUGUAUGGCACGCAUUCCAUAUGCGACGCUAAUAGCGACACUAAUGUGUCUGCUCGGCGUUGGCAUCUUCUGUGGCACCAUGUAUCGCGGUGCUUCGCUGACGGUUAUCAUGAUGGAUCAGGUCUUCCACCUGCGUCUAAUCUGGAUCGAGGCAGUGCAGUUGAUAUUCGUUAUAAUUGCUGCUGGCAUGGCUGCUUUGGGCUUUAUGAUACUGUUUGUGGGCUUCUUGGCAACGGGCGCCACACGCUACAAGGUUUACCGGGCGUGGCGAUCACGCGUCGGCGGUCGCAUCUCCUGUGCGGUGCUAAUGGGUAUCACCUAUUUGCUUAAUUUUGUGUGGACGCUGAUUUUAUGCUUCUUGGUUAUUGUCACAUUCAUUUACACCAUGUUCUGGAACAUGUGCUCCAGUGUCGAGCAAUCCCUCAGCUGCAUUGAUCUAACACAAUUCCAUUUCAUGUUUCCACCAAAUACCAAGCUGGAGGACAUGAAGGUGUGCGAAAAAUACGAGAUUAAGGCAUUCUGCAAGGAUGGUGUUGAGAACGCUGAGGUCAUGUUUAUUCUGGCCACGCUCUCCACUCUCUUAGUCAUUCUCAGUCUUGUGCAUUAUUUGAUGUGUCUUUCGGCAAACUAUGCGCACAUUCGCGAUCAUGAGAAAUUCCAGGAAUUGCAGGAGAUACAAAAUCUAAACGAACUAGAAUAUAGCGCUACAUCCAAGGAUCGCUUCUAGAAAAUAUUAUUUAAAAUUAUUCAACUUGCGCUUCAUUAAUAUUCAAAUGUUGGCACAAUGAAGCACAAAGACACAGAAAUGCAACGAAAAAUCCGCUAUAUCGUUAAGACCUUGUUUUUAAUUUUAAAAUGUAACCCAUUUCUAUAUCAUUCCAUUAUUUUGUCUAUGUUAAUUUAUUGCUUUAAUUUAAAUUUAGGCCAGUAGCGAACGCAAUCAAAGAUACACAUAUAUAAACAUGUAUUUAUUCAAAAUCCCAUGAGAAUUGUUAUCAGCAAUAAAUACGGGUUUUUUGUCCUUCCAACGUGAAAACCUUCCAAAAAUGACCAUCAAUAGAGUUUCUAGUUUUAACCAUCUAAUGUCCACCUGUUCAUUCAAAUAAUCAAAUAUAUAUUUGUACGUUUGAA